UGGUGUCAGUGCAGCUGUUGUCAAUCUCUAAUGACGAAAUUCUCAAAGAUUGCGUUUGCGAAUCAACAGCGAUAAUAUGUCAACGAUAUAAUUCUGCCAUUUGUUUGCUGCGUAAUCUUCGAAAAGAUCAAUAUUCCGAUAAUUGACUGAAGACGAAAACAGUGUUCAGAUGGCGCGCAUCGCUUAUCAGUGAACCUGCGUACAUAACUUCGUAUAAGAUUGUUUUGCGUGUGUAGUGAUCAAACUAUAGUGUGUAAAUACAACUAUCUAGAUACACAAUGAGUGAACCACAUAUGAAUUACAGUGGUCUUUCUGGGCCGUCGAUGGCUAAUGUGCCGUUUACGGGGCACGAGAACAACUUUGUGAAUAAUAUUGCUUCGACAUCUUCUAUGCAAGGGAAUGUGCCCCCUCCUCUACCGCCCAGGCCUGACAUGAGUCUCCAACAGGGCAUGGUGCCUAGCUACGGUGGAAUGGGAGGGUAUGGCAUGGGAUCCUACGGCGGGAUGGGGAUGGGGAUGGGGUCCUACGGGAUGGGAUCCUAUGGGAUGGGGGGGUACGGAGGAUACGGUGGAUAUGGUAUGGGAGGCAUGGGAGGGAUGGGCGGAAUGUACGGAGGAUACAAUAGAUACGGCGGAGAGAUUGAGAGCAGGUUCAUCCAAUUAGCUGAAGAGAGUUCACGGCCAGCAUUUGAGACUAUACAGGGGGUAGUGCAUGCUUUUGGCGGUGUUGCCAUGAUGCUGGAAAGUACAUACUUCGCUUUAACCAGCUCAUUCCGAGCUAUAUUAGGUGUAGCGGAAAACUUUGGUCGAUUGAGGUCACUUUUUGCCCAGUUCUGGUCCACAUUUGCCGUGAUAAGGACCCUGAACUGGAUCAUCAGGAAGCUAAUGGUUAUCAUUGGUAUUCGGACUGAAAAUGAAUUUAAGGCAUGGGCAGAAGCAGUAGCAGCUACCCAGGACGUGCCUACCGCCGGCGCCCCCGGGCCGCGCACCUCGGGCUGGCCCGUCAUCAUGUUCCUGGGCAUUGUGGCCGCAGCGCCCUAUCUCGUGUUCAAGAUGAUCAGUGGCCUUAACAAGUCUAUUCAUGAAAAUUUACACGACCCAACCACAUGGAAGGCGCCUUUCAAAGCGAUCGCGACAUUCUCCUUCCAAGCCACUUCUCCCCAAGAACUCUCAAUCCAAGAGAAACAGACCUUCGUGGUAGCCCCCCAGCACUUGCAGCCACAGCUCUGGAACACAGGGUGGCUCAUGGCUUCUAUAGACGGGAAGACCGCGGGGCUGGUACCUACUAACUAUGUCAGACUUAUCGCUCCUACAGAGAAGGAUAAAGAGGUGAAAGCUAAGGAAGUAGAAGUUAAGGAGAUAUAGGUAUGAUGGGAAUAAUGGGUUAGAAUUGUUUAACUUUGUGUUGUUUGUGAAAAGACUCGGUAAAAUAAGGAUUGGAAGAGUUCUUUGUGAUACCAAUUGGUGGUUUAGAUGUUUUGUUUCACAAAAGCGGGUGAGUUAUACUAGUGUGUGUAAGUGUGCAUGCAUAUUGUCUUUGUAUGCGUAAGCUCGGGAGCGCUCAGUAUUGGUCGAGUCGCCGAGUCAUGAUGAUGAUGAUGUCCUCCUAGCCGACUAUCGGCUACGGCGGCUGUUCUCUUGUAAGGAGAUUAGCCAACCGCGCAGGACAUAUUAUAGUGCACAAGCAUUUGCUUGGACACAGGUGCACUCACCAUUCCUUCACUCUCCGCACCCAAUAAGACGGCAAUACGACACGACCGGAGAGAGAUCACAAGCAGGGCCGACAUUUACGUGCUCUCCGAUGCACGGGUGUGUCAAGUCGCCGAGUCAUACAAAGACAAUGUGCAUAUAUAUUUACACACACAUGUAUGGGUCGCCUGCUUUCGUAAGAUAAAAUAUCUAUAUCGUUAUAAGCUUUAGUGUCAAAUAUUCGACCAAACGUCGAACAAAUAUUUUGGAGGUGGCACGUCGUGUUCUUCAAAAGGUUCGUGUUUGAAACACUUAUGUAAUUAUUGUAAUAAGACUGUAAAAUUCGUGCCGAAUGGCCUUUGCUUGCUUUGACUGAAGGUUUAUGGUCGUGAAAGAACCCAAGUUCACAAUAUAAACGUCAGUUUUUAUCAAAUCCCUACGUAGUUGGGAAAAGGCGGAUUAUAACUUAUUACAUUAUAAAUUAAUAUUGACAGAUUAUAAAUUUUCACGUUCAAUUUUCAAAGUCAACGGCUGUAUUGAGAAAACUGACGUUUAUAUUGUUGAUGAUUUUGGUCCUUAGGCCGUUGUAAGCUAUACUUAUGACGUAAAACGUAAGACCCUUUCGUAAGUCGCUUAUAGUAAUUUCUUCGAACUUCUUACAACUUACAGAAGUUAAGUAAUUUUUACAAAAGCAAUUUACAGGGCGGGGUUAACAUAAUACUUAUGAAAGUAAAGUGAGAAACCUUGAUAUGAAAGGCAUAAUAAUAGAAUAGGCAACCCCAGUAGAAGGUGGCAACAUUUUGAACACUAAUUUUUUAGAGCGCACUAGAGAAAUAGAGAAUUGUAUAAUAAAUUAUAACCAUUAUCAAUUUCUGACGAAUUGAGAACCUCCUCCUUCUUAGGGAGUCUGUUAAAAAUAUUGGGCCCAAACUGUGAUAUUAAACAGUCACACAAAAUUUCAAAGCAUUCCAGAACGUUUUGAAAAUGGAAUAAACUUAAAAAGAUGGAGUUGACAAAGCUUGUGAUCUUAGCUUCAUUCUGAAUGUGUUAAUUUCUAUUGUUUUUUGACGAAACUGAUUAAAACUCAUAGUUGUUAAAUUGGAAUUUAUUUGCCUACUGCGUUGGGCAGUGGAUCCGUGGUCAUCGGUAAUGUUUACCAAUGCAGUAUCGUAUUAUCAAAGGUUCCACAAUACCGAUCUAUGUAUUGCUUAUGAUUGUUUGCAAAAUUGUUUUGUUACUGCUAAAGAAAUUGUUUAAAAAAUGUUGCAUAUUUUAUAACAUUAGGGGUGCAAUAUUUAACUAUAACGAUAACCAAACAAUCGCUAUAGUUGCAUAGUGCAACCCACCCUUAGGCGGUCCUUAGACUUACUAUAACGUUGGGCAAUAUUUUUUUUAAUAUUAAGCAGUAAUCAGAAGCUAGUAAGUCUGACACCAGUCUAACCAAGGGGUAUUGGGUUGCCCGGGUAACUGGGUUGAGGAGGCCAGAUAGGCAGUCGCUCCCUGUAAAGCCUGGUACUCAGCUAAAUCCGGUUAUACUGGAAGCCGACCCCAACAUAGUUGAAAAAGGCUCGGAGGAUGAUGGAGUAUUGCGCAAUAAUAUUGACCAUCUAAGGAGCGCCUUAGGUACCUAAUUUAAGUAGGUUUAUACUCACAUAUAUUGUUGAUAUAUUUCUUCGCAUUUUUUUGUUUCCUUUAGGUAUUUGUCUCAAAAUUUAAACUUAGAAUUAUGGUGUAGGUACAAUUUUGUUGUGUCAACGAAUUCUCGUGGUAUGUGAUUAUGUUAACUUAUUUCUUCGUCACUAUUUAUAAGAGAAAUUAAACCAUGAAUUAUCGGAUCACGAUUUAGAAGCACACUGGUACUCAGCUACAUUCGGUUAGACUGGAAGCCGACCCCAACGUAGUUGGGAAAAAGGCUCGGAAGAUGAUAUCCGAUCAGGAUUUUGAAAAAUCAUUGCUCUUUUAUGACCAGAAAAAUGGACUUGUAUUUAUAAUAUAUACGAAGUUUUUACUAGUCGAUACGCAUAUAUUUGAAAUCCUGUAAUCAUUGACUAACGUCAAUUUAAAAACAAAAGGAAUAAGUUUUACUUAUUCUAUGUAAAUUACAAGACUUAUGAAUUAGUUUUGUUAAUUGAUAUAUAACAUGUAUGAGCGAUUAAAUAGGUCCUGCCUAUAUGCAUUUGACUUUAGUUUUCACUAUAUUACAGGUUAUAUUAUUUAUACUUAUAAACUCUCUUCACUAUGGAUGUUAUCAUUUAUUAUAGGCGUGAUGACAGAAUUAAUAAACAGUGAUUCUAAUUAGUCCGUCUUUUGUAUGACCAAAAAAUAAAAGCUACGUAAUUAUUAUUUUUAACAAAACGUUUCAAAAUACUAUGAUUAAAUACAUUAUUGCAUGGUAUUGAGGGUUUAUGACGUCACACUUAUGUAAAAUUUGUAUUAAAUUUAUGAACGACGUAACACAAAAUUACGAAAACGUCUUGUAUUUUCAUUGUUAGGAAAAAGUAAGUGUCUGUUUUUUAGGGUUAUCCAAAAGACGGACUAAUUACUUUUCAUUUCACAUGCCUAUUUUAUGAUUAUUGAAUAGGAAUAAGAUCAGUGAAAUUAUAUUGUUGUGGGAUGGACUGAUUUAGUUAAUAAAUAAAACCAAAUAUUAA